CGAAUGAUAUGUCGUCAGUCGUUUGAUGUCCCACAUGUUGCAUCAUCGUCGAAACAAAUUCGUCGAAAGUAUUACUAUUCAGUUCAAUCUUUACUAGGAAGACAAGCCAGAUCAAGAGGAUAAUGGCAGAGGUGGCCACAGGUAUUGACAAGAUUAGUCUUGGAGAGCUGUUCACAUCUGAGAGGUGCGGCAGUGAUGAAACAGGAAGUGGAUCCAAGGACAAACCUUUCAAGACUGUGUUACAGGCAAUGAGAUAUACAGGAAAGGAGCCAUUCCCAGUGAUCUAUGUCGAUCGAAAAGAUGAAAGUGGUGAUGGAUUUGAGGCUGUUUCCAAAACUCAGAUGAAAAAGCUACAUAAAAUCUGGCAGAGGGAAAUGCACAAAGCCAGUGAUAAAAGCAAGAAAGAGACAGAAGAUGCAGAAAGGAGAGACAAAAAUCUGGAAGAAGCUCAGAAGAUCAAACUAGAGAUGGAUGCAAGUUUACCGUCUCCAAAGCAGAUAAAGAUUCGCUGCUCUGUUGAAAACCGUAAAAUCCGAGUGAAGAUAUUUGGGUGGGUCCACAGAUUGAGAAGACAAGGAAAGAAUCUGAUGUUCAUUGUGUUGAGAGAUGGAAGUGGAUACCUACAAUGCGUGUUGUCAGACAAGUUGUGUCACACAGUGGACGCCUUGAUGCUAAUGACGGAAGCAGCCAUAUGUGUGUACGGGAUUAUCAAAGAGCUGCCUGAAGGAAAAAGUGCACCAGAUAACCAUGAACUUACAGCAGAUUUCUGGGAACUGAUUGGACCAUCACCGCCAGGUGGCGCUGACAACUUGCUCAACGAGGAAGCCAAUGUUGACGUCCAGCUUGAUAACCGACAUAUGAUGAUCAGAGGAGAAAACACCUCCAAGGUAAUGAAGAUGCGAUCCUACGUGAUGCAGACGUUCAGAGAUCACUACAAAGCAAACGGCUAUUUUGAGAUAACACCACCUACGUUGGUACAAACACAAGUGGAAGGAGGCUCAACUUUAUUCAACUUGGACUUCUUCGGGCAGCAGGCGUACCUCACUCAGACCUCACAGCUGUAUCUGGAAACAUGUCUUCCAUCGCUUGGUGACGUGUUUUGUAUCGCCCAGUCAUAUCGUGCAGAGAAAUCCAGAACGCGCAGACAUCUCGCGGAAUAUACCCACAUCGAGGCGGAGUGUGCUUUUCUUACCUUUGAGGAUUUUCUGAACCGCAUUGAAGAUCUCAUCUGUGACGUAGUCGACAGGAUUCUCAAGUGUCCACAGGCAUCGGCCAUUGUCAAAGACCUCAACCCUUCCUUCAAGGCCCCCAACAAGCCAUUUAAGAGAAUGAACUAUUCUGAUGCCAUUGUUUUCUUGAAAGAAAAUGAUAUUCGUAAAGAUGAUGGAACAUUUUAUGAAUUUGGUGAGGAUAUACCGGAGGCUCCGGAGCGGAAGAUGACGGACAUGAUUAAUGAACCGAUUCUCCUGUGUCGGUUCCCCAAGGAGAUUAAGUCGUUCUACAUGCAGCGGUGUGCUGACGAUGACAGACUCACCGAGUCGGUGGAUGUUUUGAUGCCGAACGUGGGCGAGAUUGUUGGGGGAUCCAUGAGGAUCUGGCAUGUGGAGGAACUGGAGGAGGGUUUCCGGAGGGAGGGUAUCAACCCUGACCCUUAUUACUGGUACAUUGAUCAGAGGAAGUUUGGCACAUGUCCCCACGGAGGCUAUGGUUUGGGAAUGGAACGCUUUCUGUGCUGGCUCCUAAACAGAUAUCAUAUCCGCGAAGUCUGUCUGUAUCCACGCUUCAUCGAACGAUGUCAUCCAUAGUUACCUCCCCUGAUCACGUCACCUCAGAAGAUUACAUUCAGACAUCAUGCACCAUCUACUACAGCAGAAUUCUAGACCAGCAAUUCUAAUACAAUGAUAUAGAUGAGAAGAUUACAUUCAGACAUCAAGCACCAUCUACUACAGCAGCAUUCUGGACCAGCAAUUCUCAGUGUUACAUACAAAGAUAUAGCUGUCUAUUUGGAUAAUUAAAACAUUAAUUUGGCUAAUUAUUUCUAACCACAUUUGUCAAAUUAUUGAAUAAUUUGCAGUGUUCUCGCUGGGUGAAAAUUAAAGGAGGGCGGCCGCGCGGCACCACACCCUUCAAAAACCCAAUUAAACGAAAAGCAAAAAAUAAAGAAGAAAAAAGUGGGGGGCAUGGGGGAUAGCUUGGUUACCGCAUUGUUGUGUGUUGGUAGACUUUGUGGAAAGACAUACUCCUUAUUUUGCCUAAAAAAUGUUUAUAUGAAAUACAAACAGAAUUGUCUUUUAACUGAACCGAAGAUGUUAUUGGUCUGACAUUCAUGGGCAGUUCUGGUAUUGUUGAACUGAUCAAAGUUUUAAUAUUAUUCUUUUAAUAAAGAUUUCAAGAUAUACGAAAAACAA